AUGGCAGACUCUGGGGAGUUUGCCCGUUGGAAGGUGAGGAACACAGCCAUUGAGAGGAGAGAUCUGGUCCGUCAUCCACUGCCCCUCAUGCCGGAGUUUCAAAGGAGCAUCCGUCUGCUUGGCAGGAGACCCACCACUCAGCAGUUCAUCGAUACCAUCAUCAAAAAGUACGGCACCCACCUCCUCAUCUCUGCUACAUUGGGAGGAGAGGAGGCUUUGACUAUGUAUAUGGACAAAAGUCGCCUUGACAGGAAGUCAGGGAAUGCCACACAAAGUGUUGAAGCGUUGCACCAGCUUGCAUCAUCCUACUUCGUUGACCGUGAUGGCACCAUGAGGAGGCUACAUGAGAUCCAAAUAUCAACUGGAGCAAUCAAGGUCACAGAGACACGCACUGGGCCCCUGGGCUGUAACAGCUAUGACAAUCUGGACUCUGUGAGUUCUGUCCUUCUUCAAAGCACGGAGAGCAAACUGCACCUUCAAGGUCUUCAGAUAAUCUUCCCUCAGUAUCUGCAAGAGAAGUUUGUCCAGUCGGCCCUGAGCUACAUCAUGUGCAAUGGUGAGGGGGAGUACGUGUGCCAAAGCAGCCAGUGCCGGUGCCAGUGUGCAGAGGAGUUCCCUCACUGCAACUGUCCCAUCACGGACAUCCAGAUCAUCGAGUUCACGCUGGCCAACAUGGCCAAGGCUUCAGAAGCUUAUAAGGACCUGGAGAAUUCAGAUGAGUUUAAAUCAUUUAUGAAGCGCCUUCCCAGCAACCACUUCCUGACUAUCGGUAGCAUCCACCAGCACUGGGGCAAUGACUGGGAUCUGCAGAACCGCUACAAGCUCCUGCAGAGUGCCACUGAGGCACAGAGGCAAAAGAUUCAACGCACUGCCCGCAAGCUCUUUGGCCUCAGCGUGCGUUGCCACCACAACCCCAAUCACCAGCUGCCUAGAGAGAGGACAAUUCAGCAGUGGCUUGCAAGGGUACAGUCGCUUCUAUACUGCAAUGAGAAUGGGUUUUGGGGAACCUUCCUGGAGAGCCAGAGGAGUUGUGUGUGCCAUGGUAGCACCACACUGUGCCAGCGCCCCAUCCCCUGCAUCAUAGGAGGAAACAACAGCUGCGCCAUGUGUAGCCUGGCCAACAUCUCGCUCUGUGGCUCCUGCAACAAGGGCUAUAAGCUGUACCGAGGCCGCUGUGAACCACAGAACGUGGACUCUGAGCGGAGUGAGCAGUUCAUCAGCUUUGAGACCGACCUGGACUUCCAGGACCUGGAACUGAAGUACCUGUUGCAGAAGAUGGACUCACGCCUUUAUGUCCACACUACCUUCAUCAGCAAUGAGAUCCGCCUUGACACCUUCUUUGACCCUCGGUGGCGCAAGCGCAUGUCCCUUACUCUCAAGAGCAACAAGAACCGCAUGGACUUCAUCCACAUGGUCAUAGGUAUGUCCAUGCGCAUCUGUCAAAUGCGCAAUAGCAGCCUGGACCCCAUGUUCUUUGUUUAUGUCAAUCCCUUCAGUGGCAGCCAUUCAGAGGGCUGGAACAUGCCCUUUGGGGAGUUUGGCUACCCACGUUGGGAGAAGAUCCCUCAAAACAGCCAAUGUUAUAACUGGACUCUCUUGCUGGGCAAUCGGUGGAAAACAUUUUUUGAGACAGUUCACAUCUACCUACGUAGUCGGACUCGGCUACCCACCCUACUGCGUAAUGAGACUGGCCAGGGCCCCGUGGACCUGUCUGAUCCCUCUAAGAGGCAGUUCUAUAUCAAGAUUUCAGAUGUGCAGGUGUUCGGGUACAGCCUGAGGUUCAAUGCUGACCUCCUUCGCAGUGCUGUGCAGCAGGUAAACCAGUCCUACACCCAAGGUGGCCAAUUCUAUUCUUCCUCAUCCGUGAUGCUCCUCUUGUUGGAUAUUCGGGACCGAAUUAAUCGCCUGGCUCCUCCUGUAGCCCCGGGGAAACCCCAGCUGGACUUGUUCUCCUGUAUGCUGAAACACCGCCUGAAACUGACCAACAGUGAGAUCAUAAGAGUGAACCACGCCUUGGAUCUCUACAACACCGAGAUCCUCAAACAGUCGGACCAGAUGACCGCCAAACUCUGUUAA